AUUAAAUCAAGGCAUUUUUGACAGCCAUACUCUACACCUGGGCCGGAAUCCCUUCGUCGCAAGCAUCUCAAGCAGCCUACGCAGUCAACAGCAUUCCUGAGAGCCCCCCAGCCAACCCGUCCGGCAGAGGAAGAGCGGCCGGUCUGCUCGGGUGCGCCGCCAUGGCCGGCUCCAGGUUUGACGAGCUGGCCCUUCAGUAUGUCUUGGCUGUAGACAAGUCGGCCGAGGCGACUGCGGCGUCCGACGCAGCUUCUCUGAUCCAGAGCUCGACAAACAACCGCAUCCUGGUAGGGCAGUGGGUGUCUUCCAUAAAUCGUUGGAUCUCGCCAGCCGCUGGCUCGGGCGACCGCAUGGAUGACGGCACAGGCCUCGACCAGGAUCUCAUCUCUAGGGCCAAAGCCCUCGACUUCCUCGCCAGCACCCUCGAGGUCCUCAGCCGAGACACUCUCAGGGCGGACCAGGUCAAGCUGCUCGCCACCUUUUUCGGCUCGCUCUUCUCCAGCGACCACCGGGCCGGCGUAGCUGCUUCAGCAAAGGCACUGAGGCAGCUCACACAGAUGAAGGCCUUCCACCCCGCGCUUGCGAGCGACAUCAUCCUCAGUGUAAGCAAGCUCGGAGACGACUUCAAAUUGCAGACGCCUACCACUCGUCUGGAACUUUUUGAGCUCUUCAACGGCUUCUUCACAGAUGAGACAGUUGUCGGCGAUCUCACUACACGCCAUGGCGAGGGUUCUGGUUUUAUGACCGGACUACUGGACCUUUGCAGGAGCGAACGAGAUCCAAAAAAUCUCAUGAUCUGGUUCUCCAUCCUCAAAACGUUCAUCCAAUCAUUCUCGCCGUCCACAGAGAUGCUAGAGGCAACAUUCAAGGCCUUCUCGGCAUAUUUUCCGAUCUCCCUGCGAGCCUCAACCACCCCUUCUGGCAUCACGGCUGAUGAUCUUAAGCGUGCCGUCCGCGCCUGCUUUUCUGCCAACCACCGUCUGGCUAGCCUGACGAUUCCCUUCCUUCUCGGAAAGCUCGACCAAGGAGAUGCGGUCACUGUUGCGGUCAAAGUGGACAUCUUGCAGACAUUGGAGGCGUGUUUGGCACAGUACACACAGCCCCAGCAGAGUGUGGUGCCUUAUGUGGAUAGCAUAUGGAGCUCGCUCAAGUAUGAAGUACGCAAUGGAGAGGUCGCCGACAUAGUGGAAGCCACCCUGAAGACUAUCGCUGCCUUGACACGCAGACUUGACGGCAAUGAUCUCUCUUCCUUCUUCGCCACAGCAUGGCAAGAUCUCUCGGAUGACCUGACGAACCCGACGUACGCCACUCAAGCUGGUCGUUUGCUUGUCUCCAUUUCUGGUGCCAGCAUGGCUUCGUUCGACCUUGCCGUUUCACAGUCAAUGUCCCUCCUGCAGAGUACACUUAGGGACCCCAAGUCGUCAAGUCAUCAGCAGGACCUUCUGACAGUCGUGAACUCGUUGCUUCUGGUUCGGACACACCUUGAGUAUCCCGAGAGCAGUCGCACGUCUUCAUCAACGGACGACGUUUUUGGAGACAGUCUAUUUUCUGGUGUAUACCAACGCUUAUGGGAGGAGAACCUCAGCAGCGAUGCCCAAAUCAACGAAAAGAAUGCUCUGUUCAAGAAGUUGAUGGACGGCAUGGCUAGCCUGGUUGCCCAGCGGACAUCGAGCGACCCGACGAAGCGUUUGUGUACCGAUAGCACAUGUAUUCUGAUUCUCGAAUAUCUAUCACGGCCCGCGAUCGUCUGUCCACUGACGGACGUGCCAUUCUUCCAAGCAGAUUCGUCAGAUCCAAUGCAAGAUGCCCUGCAAGAAUCGGCGGCGGCGGCUUUGACAAAGGCCGUCCCACAAUUUCCAGAGGGAUUCCAACAAGUUCUGUUGAUAUUCCUGACGACAGUCGAGUCAACACUGGCUACGGGCGAGGCGCCGCCAAAACUUGCCCCGGAUAUCCAAAUUGCUGCUUCGACACUUUCAGAUAUCGUAUGCUCAGAAUCUGCUUCCGACUCCAUCAUUCUUACAACUGCUCGAGCAUGUACAUACACCCUCUUGCAGGGAUUAUCGACAGCCUUGAAGGAUUCCAAGCAGCCUGGGCCAGUCAAACAAGAGCUGGUCUCUGCAUUCAUCUCUUCUAUUCACCUGAAUGUGACAAAAUCAUUACAAGUCCUGGCAAAGACAGGCAUUGCGCAGCCUCAGAAACAGACCAUCACUCGGGAAUGGUUCAGCCAGUUUGAGACAGCCAUGGCUGCCUUGGUGUCCUCGCCAGAUCUGAGAGCGCCAAACUCACUGCAAUGGCCAGAGUCGCUUGUCGAACCAGCCAGUACAUAUACCCAAUUAUUGGCCUUCUAUCUGGUGGUCGUGCGGCAACUAUACCUCAGCUUCACGCGAAUAGAGCAGCAGACGAAUGAUGAUGGCUCGGGUAGGCUGCUUGUCGGGCUAGCGCCCGAGACUCAGAGCUACACGGCAAAGAAUCAGGACAUGUAUCUGCAUCACCUCGGUCUGCUAGCUUGCACUGUGGUACGAGACUUGUCACAAGACGAGCAGAUUGCCUUAUCCUUGGACGAAAAGGCCUUCACCUUAUUCCAUGAUGUGCCAGCAACAGAUGCCGGCACCAUGACAUUUAGCCCGCUCAAUGAGUUUAGAACAGUACCCUUAGCUAUGGGAAUUCUUCAAGGCCUGUAUCCUGGCGCAAUCAACGAGCAGCGUCAUAACGCUGCGUUGGAGAACCUCUUCCGACACCUCACUCAACCUCUGACCAAGAUGACGCUCACGACGCGGGGAGCCAUGGACAACACGUUUGCUUUGCUCUCGAAUAAGUACCAGCCCAAGGGCCAGGAGCGGAGUGCAGAGCGACUGCGGUUACAGCGGGCGAUCUUGCGAAGCUAUCACGACAUCAUCGCCAGCGAGGUUGACGUAUACGGAGAUCCAUGGUGGCAAGUACGGGCAUUCUGCAGCAUCCUCCACUACCUUGCCGGCGACACGGCCCGAUUCCAAGGAAAUCCGGCAGAGAACGAGCUUCUGCAAGUCGUCUGCAAAGAAGCCAUACGAAACGAACUCUACGGCCACUACUUGGCGCCCUACUUUGCGCUGCUCGUGAGCCCGAAGCAGUGCCUGGCAGCCGAGAAUCACGCCGUGCGUAAGCGGCUCAGUGAGCAGUGGAUCUACCACCAGGCAGUACAGCCGUACUACCCCGAGUGCUUCCCUGCGCGCGAGGUCGUGGAGAAGGACCCGAGAGUGGAGGAUAUCGGCAUCGCCAGAUCCGUCUCGAUCUUGUGCAUUCUGCAGCAUCUGCAAUAUGAACACUACGCAGCCGACGCUGUGCAGGUCGUGAGGAUUCUCGUCAGCAAGAUGCCGACGCUCACUCACGAUGGGAUCGCGGCCGCCUUGGGCGUGCUCCUGACCAUCCUGGAGAAAGAUCCAUCUGUGCUCAAGGAGCACCUUGGCGGCCUGGUCAAGAAUGCUACCCUUCUACAGGCGAGAUACUUCAAGGAGGCGCAGUCUCUGGGGCGGCACGGAAAACGGGACCCUAAACGAGAUAACUGCCGGAGACUCAACCUCCUCAUCCUCUGCAAGCUGCCGGCCACGUUUGAGGCUUCGCUGUGCCUGCCGCACAGACAACAACUCCUGCGGCCCUUGUCGCACGCAUGCGGGGACCCCGUCCGCGAGAUACGGCGUCUGGCGCUUGCGGCCAGGCAGGUCUGGGAGGCGCUGAACUAGUUCCAUAUGAGAAAUGCGGCAGGGAUGAAAGCGCCGUGGUAAAGGGAACGGCUGUGGUGGUACGAGAUUUGGUGGUGGACACUCUUGCGGAUAGUGAAGAUGUGUGUUGGAUUGUGCGUAUAUACAGUGUAGAAGUAAACAAGUCUCGUGC